AUGUCAUCUUCUGGUCGGACAGUUCAACUUGGACUUUGGCGCGAGAUUGUCUCAAAACGUCAUGAUGAGACUCAGCCAGUCAACAAUCAUCUCAACUUUAUUCAAGAUCGUUUUCAAGAACUUGAAUCACAAGGUUUUGUUUGGUCAAAAGAAUCUACGCUGGGUAUCUUUCUUCAACUCGGUCUAUCAGAAGCUGCACACGGCUCUUUCUCAUCGGUGACCAAGAUUCUUGAAUCUCGGGUUCAUGAUCAACGAUCUGGAUUUUCAUCUGAUGAAGUUAAGCAAGUGAUUCAAAGUGAGGAACUCCGACAUAAAUCUCGUCCUUUGGGUCUCAUGGAUCUACCUACUGAGGUUUUUGAGAACAUACUCGAAACACUUGAUUGCAUGGCUAGGCUUGAGGCUAAGAGUAUUCAGUCUAGAAAGCGCAAGCGUAGGGUGAAGGUUUCGAUUCCAGGUGACCAUGAACCAUACUUCACCUACUCGAACCAUCGCUCGCCAAUCUUGAAUAGCUUCCAAGCCUUUUCCCUUACUUCUCGCGGAAUAUAUCAACUAUGUCGACCAUGGUUAUGGAGGAGAUUAGAGUUCCCUACUUCUCUUCCAGGAUCGAUGGAUCUGUGGACCAAAGAUAUCCUCCUCCGACAAGGCACCUGUGUUCGAUCUCUAAAACUCACACUCUCCAUAAACUGCAGUAAAUCUCCCAACGACUUUGAGGAUUAUCCUUCACUGUACGAUAAUCUUACGACUGAUCCAGAAGACGCUUCUCAAAUUGAGUUUCUCUCGCCAAAGAAUAUAAAGUCCUUGAUCAAACGCUGUCCCAACUUGUCUACGCUAGAGAUCCGAUUUGAACAUUAUGACGAUAUAAACGACUUUGAUGGAACAGAGAAUUUUCUCAUCAAUUUGAUUCCACUAUUAUCAAGUCUCAAACACCUUCGGCAUUUUUCAUUAGAGGAUAGAAAUGACGAGCAGAUGUACAUGUAUAGAUUCCCAUCAAAACUUCUUAGUGGUCUACCUUUGCUUGAGUCUCUUACAUUGGAUGGAUCAUAUGGACAUAGCCAAAGGAUUGAUAAAGAUUCUUUUGGAUUCAAACUAUCUAAACUCAAAUUUUUAUCACGAUUGGAUUUAGUGGGAUUUUCAGAUGAUAUAUAUGUAGACUGGUGUCUUUACGAUUGGCCAAGGACAUUAACUGAUCUUUCGAUUUGCUAUUCUAGUUUUUCAUCAUCAAGUUUAGGUCAUCAAACCAUUCACCACAUUGCACCUCACUUGACCAAGCUCAGGCUUGAUUCGAGUGAUCAUGACUCCUGGGAAAAUUUCUCUCUUCCAUUUCUAAAUGACUUGAAGCUUUCCACUAAAAAACCCGACUCACUGGAAAGCUUUCAAGACUGUGUUUCUAUACGACGUCUUCAUUGGUCUUACGGGACAUUAGAACAUUGUCAGACACUGAACAGGAUCCUAUCUCAAUCUCCUUGGCCUCAGCUCACCACACUGGUUGUAGUUCCUUAUUUUUGGGUCCGCUAUGAACCUAACGGUAAACAUCGAGAUAUUGAAGAACAACUAGUUUCCUUGGAGAAGUACUGUCAACAAGCCAAUCUAAACCUUUUUAUACGCCGGCCUGGUAACUGA